GAUGAGGGGAUAAAUCCAUAUUUAUUUGCAAGAAAAAGCUACACAAGAGUGAGUAUUCAAAGAAAUGUCGUGACUGCGGAUAUAUAUGUCAUGUAGAAGCUAGGAGAAAGAGCCGGUUAGAUUGUUCUGAAGGAGCCGAGCAUCCUUUUCUCUUGUUCGCUGUCCUCAAGGCAGUGUGUAACCGGUGCGUAAAGUUGGUACCAAUCGGGCGUGUCUGUGGACCCAACCUCUAAUGUGUGUGCGUGGGAUGUGCUUUAUUUUAUAGCAGCUUCAAAAAAAAAAAAAAAAAAAAAAAAAGACCUCAAUAAGUCCAAUCGAGGCACCAGAAAAAGAAAAAAGGCAGAGUAGACCCGAGCAGACAAUGCGGUUGUUUCUUCUUUAAAUGCUGAAAGAAGAGGACUUAAACAUGUUGGAAUUUGUUUAAAGCUCCAUUUAUCAUUGUUUUUCUGCAUUUUUUCCCCCUCCAAACCGGCGAUUAGAUUUUUACCACAAAAAAAAGAUGAAAUUCCCAAUAGAAACCCCAAGAAAACAAGUGAACUGGGACCCAGAACAAGUGGCGGUCCAGACCAACUUGGCCCCUCCAAAGAAGGCCCAGUCCGGCAUGGUGAAGUCCAGCCUGGUCCAGGCCAGCGUUGCCACCAUGCAGAAUCCGAUGGGUUGCGAGCCCAAGGCCAACGGUCACUGUGCGCUGCCUCGCCUCUCCAUCUCCUCGCGCUCGGCCAGUGUGGUGGCCAGCAUGGAUGCCAGCUGCGAUGGCUCGACAGGUCUGGCGGCGCUCCACUCGGUCAUGAAGUGGAAGACGGUCCUGGCUGUGUUCGUGGUGGUGGUCCUGUACCUGGUGUGUGGCGGUCUGGCGUUCAGGGCGCUGGAGCAGCCGUUUGAGAGCGACCAAAAGACGAGCAUCACCAUGGAGAAGGCUUCUUUCCUGGCUAGACAUCCAUGUGUUACGCCGGAUGAACUGGAGGCUCUCAUCAAGCAUUCCAUCGACGCCGUGAGUGCUGGCGUGAGUCCCAUUGGAGACACGUCCUACAAUUCCAGUUACUGGGACCUGGGCAGCGCCUUCUUCUUCGCAGGAACGGUCAUCACAACCAUCGGUUACGGAAACAUCGCUCCCAGCACAGAGGGUGGAAAGAUCUUCUGCAUCCUUUACGCUAUAUUCGGCAUCCCGCUUUUUGGCUUCCUGUUGGCUGGGAUUGGAGAUCAGCUGGGCACCAUCUUUGUUAAAAGCAUCCUGAGGGUGGAGAGGAUCUUCAGACAAAAACACAAACAGAUCAGUCAGACGAAGAUCCGCGUGACGUCCACCAUCCUCUUCAUCUUUGCCGGCUGCAUUGUCUUCGUCACCGUACCGGCUGUCAUCUUCAAAAAGAUCGAGGGCUGGACCACGCUGGAGGCCAUCUACUUUGUGGUCAUCACUCUCACCACAGUGGGAAUUGGCGACUAUGUGGCGGGUGGAGACCGCAAAAUCGACUAUAUGAAAUGGUACAAGCCGCUGGUGUGGUUCUGGAUCUUGGUGGGUUUGGCCUACUUUGCUGCCGUCCUCAGCAUGAUUGGAGACUGGCUUCGAGUGCUGUCCAAAAAGACCAAAGAGGAGGUUGGAGAGAUCAAAGCUCACGCCGUCGAAUGGAAGGCCAACGUCCGAGCGGAGUUCCGAGAGACGCGGCGUCGUCUGAGCGUGGAGAUCCACGACAAGCUACAGCGCGCCGCCACCAUCCGCAGCAUGGAACGCCGCCAGCUCGGCCUGGAGCAGCGGGCCCACUCCUUGGACAUGCUGUCCCCAGAGAAGAGGGCGGUGUUUGCCAGCCUGGACGCUGGUCGCUUCAAGAUCUCCUCCCAGGAGAGUAUUGACAUCAAGCUCAACAACCUGCGCCUGAAGGGGGCCUGCGAGACUUACGAGCACGGCGGCGGCGGCGGCGGCGAGCAAACACCGCAGACGUCUUCAUCCUCCGAGGAGAACCUCUUCAACCUGCGUUUUGGCUCGCUGACCAAGCUGGCCAGGCGUGGUAAGAACAUCCGGAGGAACAUACCGGGGGACUCCAGACGGGCUAGCAACGGGAGCGCCGUGGUGGACGAAGAACGGGGCGAGGAUGGCACGGAGGAAGCAGAGCUGGAAGAGGAACGGAAAGAGAAGAACACCAGUUUGAACAACCUGUCGCACUACUCUGUGGAACGAGCCAAGCUGAAUGGGGGCAAACAGCGGGAGAAUGCUGGAGGGUAAACAUGGAGGAUAAGGGUGUCCAGUUGGAGUCAUUUCAACUGAAACUACUCCAAGACUCCAAGAAUUGUUCCAGUUAUAGGGCUGAAACCUACACUGGUGUGCUCUAAACUGGUAGAAAGUCAAGCGUGCUUAAGGCGUACCCUAGAGGAGUCCCAACGGUUGAAGAAAUGUGCCUUUCGGUUUCCUCUGUUUGCUUUUUCGGGAAUCUCAGUCUUCGUGCCAUAAAGCCACGGAAAGAAAAACCUGUUGCCAAAACAAACUAAAGACAAACAACAAGAGGCUGCCGUCUUUAUACCUCAUCAUGGCAAGCUUAUAUCUCACGUUAACUCAUUUUCCAUUUUCCCAAACAAACGCAGACAGAGAGAGAAAUCCUCCGUCUCCGCCACCGACCGGCCUCGUAACGCCGUUUCCAUUUUUAGACUGCUGCUGCUAAACGCCAUGUCGAAUGAAAGGGAAAAAAAAAGGGGGCUGAUCAAUGUAACGAACAAUUACUCCACCACGCUUUCUGACUGUCGCCAAUCGCCCAAUUCGAUUGCAAGAUCGUCAUUUUGAAAUGUGCUUUUUUUUUUGUAACUAAACUCAUUCAGAUUGUGUGUUGAAUGUGAUUAAUGAAUGGAUUUUUGGUAAUUACGAGCAUGUUUUUCUACAGGUCUCUUUUUGGGAUUUUUCCAUCUUAAAUGUCCUCAUAUUGUAUGACUUAUUUUCAACCAUUUUAGUCCCACAGUAGUGACUGAAUGCAAAGCCCCGCAUUUUGCCCUUAUGCUGGGAUUCAAGCUUUAAAGGCCUACUGAAAUUAGAUUUUCUUAUUUAAACGAGGGUUUUAAUAGAGAACAUCGACGAUAAAGUUCGCAACUUUUGGUCGCUAAUAAAAAAGCCUUGCCUGUACCGGAAGUAGCAGACGAUGUGCGCGUGACGUCACCGGUGUGAGGGCUCCUAAAACCCUCACAUUGUUUAUAAUGUGAGCCACCAGCAGUAAGAGCAAUUCGGACCGAGAAAGCGACAAUUUCCCCAUUAAUUUGAGCGAGGAUGAAAGAUUCGUGGAUGAGGAAAUUAAGAGUGGAGCACUAAAAAUAAAAAAUUUAAAAAUUAAAAAAGGCGAUGGCUCCAGGCGGCGGCAGUGGGAGAGUUUCAGAUGUAAUUAGAGACAUUUACUAGGAUAAUUCUGGAAAAUCCCUUAUCUGCUUAUUGUGUUAAUUGUAUUUUAGUGAGAUUGUAAAGUCAUACCUGAAAGUCGGAUGGCUGCGGUGAACGCCAGUGUCUCCGAGAGAAGUCAAAAAGGCAAGAUCACAGCUGCCUUUUUGAGCUGCAGGAUGAGGUCGCGUAAUCCACUUAAGUCUCCGGUAAGAGCCGACUUAAUAUCACAAUUUUCCCAUCCAAAAACUUGCUGGUUGACGUAGAGAAACAUGUUUGCUUGACCGCUCCGUGUUAAAGCUUCACAACAAACAAAGAAACACCGGCUGUGUUUCGGUGCUAAAGGCAGCUGCAAUCCACCGCUUUCCACCAACAGAAUUCUUCUUUAUAGUCUCCAAUAUUAAUUGAACAAAUUGCAAAAGAUUCAGCAACACAGAUGUCCAAAAUACUGUGUAAUUGCGCGAUUAAAAGAGACGACUUUUAGCCGUAAGUGUUGCUGGGCUAAUAUGUCCCCUCCAACCAAGAACGUCACAAACACGCGUCAUCAUUCCGCGACGUUUUCAACAAGAAACUCCGCGGGAAAUUUAAAAUUGCAAUUUAGUAAACUAAAGCGGCCAUAUUGGCAUGUGUUGCAAUGUUAAUAUUUCAUCAUUGAUAUAUAAACUAUCAGACUGCGUGGUCGGUAGUAGUGGGUUUCAGUAGGCCUUUAAAGGUCCCCAUAUUGUACGACUUAUUUUCAACCAUUUUAGUCCCACAGUAGUGACUGAAUGCAAAGCCCUGCAUUGUGCCCUGAUGCUGGGAUUUUAGCUUUAAUGCUCAUGAAAUGUGUUUGGGGCAGCA